AUGGGAACCUCGUUUAGAUAUCCUACGUUUUUAUCAAGACCGCAAACUGACGGCACUAACAACUCGGAUACAUGCACAUCACCUGCUCCACCUGCUACAAAAGCAUCUGAGCUGUUUGCUAGGGAGUCAGUGAAUACAUCACCAGAAUCUACAGAGUCUAAAUUAUCUCUUGCAUUAAAGAAUUCAAAUUCAAAUCUAAACGUUGUUAAAACAAAUACAUCGGGAGAAGAAGCCAUCGUUGAGGAAGAAGAUGAUGAUAGUGAAUCAUCUUGUGAUGAAAAAAAUGAAGAAUCCGUUAGAGAUUAUAAACCAGGUGGAUAUCAUCCUGCUUUUAAAGGCGAAAAAUAUAAGGAUUCUCGUUAUAUAUUGAUGAGAAAAUUGGGAUGGGGUCAUUUUUCCACCGUGUGGCUUGCAUUAGAUAGUCAUACACGUAGUCACGUAGCAAUGAAGAUAGUUAGAAGUGAUAAAGUUUAUACAGAGGCUGCUCAGGAUGAAAUCAAACUUCUAAAAAAGAUUUCUUUGGAGAAUGAUGGUAUUAAUGAAGGUGCAAAACAUAUUCUUUCCUUAUUAGAUAAUUUUAUACAUCAUGGACCAAAUGGUGAACAUAUUGUUAUGGUCUUUGAAGUCCUUGGAGAAAAUUUGUUAGCAUUGAUUAAAAAAUAUGAACAUAGAGGUAUCCCAUUGAUUUAUGUGAAACAAAUCUCUAAACAGUUACUAUUGGGGCUUGACUAUAUGCAUAGGAAAUGUGGUGUCAUUCACACCGAUAUUAAACCUGAAAAUGUACUGAUGGAAAUCGGUGACGUAGAGGCAAUUGUUAAGAUGGUUGAAAUGAUGGAUAAAGAAAAGAAAGAUCGCAAAAGACAACAGAGACAAAACUCAAUAGUGACAAGCCCACAAGAGAGACAUAAACACUCUAUAUCGAGAGAUAGUCGACAUUCGACAAUCGAUACAUCAUUUCAAGAGCAAGCAGCUGAUACAAGUCUUACAGAAUCUAAUAUUUCAAGGAAUAGCUCCAAAACAAAUAUAUCUAUCAAAAGAGUACCAAGUCGUAGACCUAGAAGAAAUACAAUUAUUACUGGAUCCCAACCUUUACCAUCUCCGAUUAGUUCUACGAAUUUUUAUGAAAUGAAAUCUCAAUUUUUAAUGAAUUCUUCACAUUCUAAUAGUUCAACAGCCGUUCAAUGGCAAACUUUUUUAUCCACUUCAAAGAGCCAUAGUCAUAAUAGUUCGAGUAAUAAUAGUACUAUGGGUAUCGCAAGUGGAACAGUGACGCCAAAUAAUGGACAGGCACUGAACCAGGUUUCUGAUAAUCCAUUCUUACAUUCCAUAAGCACUUUACAAACAGACUUGUCUCCAGGGGCUAGUACAACCGUACCUGGAUCAUACCAAAAUUCCUCAAAUACAUCCGUACCUGCUAACGAAAAACAAUUGAGUCAAUCGUUAUCGUCAUUCGAACUUUCAAAAGUGACUUCGGUGGAUUCCACUCAAUUACAUCAUCAGAAAUUUAACCUUGAUGACACUGAUAAUAAUAUUAUUGCUAUUAAGAUAGCUGAUCUGGGUAAUUCAUGUUGGUAUGAUGAACAUUAUACAAAUGCAAUCCAAACAAGAGAAUAUAGAUCCCCAGAAGUUCUUAUUGGAGCGCCAUGGGGUGCUAGUGCAGAUAUAUGGUCUACUGCGUGUCUCAUUUUCGAACUAAUCACUGGUGACUUUUUAUUUGAACCUGAUGAAGGUCAUUCCUAUAGUAAAGAUGAUGAUCAUAUUGCACAAGUAAUAGAAUUAUUAGGCCCAUUCCCAGAUUAUCUUCUAGAAAAUGGUAAAUAUACAAAGAAAUUGUUCAACUCAAAGAAGCAACUGAGGAAUAUAUCUAAACUAAAAUAUUGGCCAUUGGAGGAAGUCCUGACUGAAAAAUAUAAGAUGGAUUCGAACGAAGCAAAACAGAUUGCUGAUUUCUUAUUGCCAAUGCUAUGUCUUGAUCCUAGAAAGAGAGCUGAUGCAGGCGGUCUUGUUAACCAUCCAUGGUUAAGAAAUACACUUGGUAUGGAAAGUAUAGCUGUUCAGGAUAGAAAACUUUAUGGAGAUGGUGGGGAUAUUUAUGGAUGGUCGUGUGAAAUCAAGGGGCAUCCAAGACACUGA